AUGGGAGCUUUCUCGAUGACCGCCAAGAGGGCGUACAAUUGGUAUAUCUCUCUCGUGGCAGCAUCAUGCAUGGUUCUCUAUGGGUACGAUGCGUCUGUCUUCAACUCCGUCCAGGGCUCCAAAAACUGGCUGGCAUGGAUGAACCACCCCAACGCAAAUACAAUUGGCUCGAUUAACACAGCAUAUACGGUUGGCGCUAUAUUUGGUGGUUUCUUCCUCGGAGGCCCUUGUGCCGAUUUCCUGGGUCGCAAGUUCGGAAUGGCUAUUGGCUGUGUUUUAGUUAUUGUUGCUACUUUCAUGCAAACGUUCACUCCUCGCCAUGAUCUUGCUUGCUUCCUUGCGGGUCGUUGCAUUAUCGGUAUUGGCCAGGGUAUUGCUUUGACUGCCGGCCCUAUCUACAUCGGUGAACUAGCACCACCAGAGAUUCGUGGUAAGAUCAUGACUUUCUGGCAAAUGUUCUACUCUGUUGGAUCUUUCAUCUGCUUCUGGAUCAACUUUGGUUGCACCAAGCACGUUGCAAGUCUGGGCGAGUGGGAUUGGAAGCUUGUUGUCAUCUUCCAACUUCUUGUUCCAGUCAUGAUUCUCGUCCUCCUGCCAACUAUCCCAGGCAGCCCUCGUUGGUUCAUCCGCAGAGGAAACCACAUCGAAAAGGCUCGUGCUGCCCUUCGCAAAGUCCGCGACACAGAGGAGGAAGUCGAGCAAGAGCUCCUGGAGAUCCGCGAAGCUAUUGAAUACGAGAAGGAAGCUAUUUCCGGCAACUACUCUGCCCUAUGGAAGGACAAGUCGCUCCGCAAGCGUAUGGGCUUGGCAUUGGUCCUCAACGCCGGCCAACAGAUUACUGGACAAGGCUCACUCAACUCAUACUCUACUAAGAUCUACCAGAAGGUGUUCACCAGCGACAGUCAAAUUGCUCUGAUCAACGCUUUAAACGCCACGUUUGGUAUUCUAUUCACCCUCAACGCAGUCUGGAUUGUUGAUCGCUUCGGACGCAAGUUCCUUCUGAUUGUCGGUGGAAUUGGCAUGGGACUCUGCAUGAUCAUUGUUUCAGCCGUCGAAACAGAAACGCCAUCUCUCGCCAGCGGGGCCAAAACAGAACCUGUUGGCAUCUCAAUCGUGUUCCUGCUAUUCCUAUUCAUCUUCUUCUACAAACCGUCAUGGGGUGCAACGGUCUGGAUCUGGACAUCGGAGAUCUUCUCCAUGAACGUGCGUGCCCAGGCUGUGGGCAUGGCAUCUCAAACACAAAACGUCGCCAACGCCAUCGUCCAACAAUUCUUCCCUAUCUUCCUCGACAACGAGGGCUUCUACGCUUUCUAUAUGUUUGCUGGAAUUAACUUCCUUCUCGCUGUCUUCGUCUUCUUCUUCAUCCCGGAAACUAAGCAGGUUCCUCUCGAGGAGAUCGAUACUCUGUUUGGCGGCGCCAACCACGUUGCUCAGGGAGAGGAAGUGCUGGCACACCAAAAGGGAAUUGAGAUGAGUGGUGAAGGCAAUGAGAAGCCUGGUGCAGUCACUGUUGAGCAUGUUGGUGGAAAAUAA